AUGGAGCCCCUGGGCACAGCGCUGGUCUUCCUGGUGCAGUUCUGGGUCCUGCAAGGAACUGCAGGCCUCAGUGUGCAGCAGGGUCCCAAACUGCCGCAGGUGAGGGAGGACAGCCAGGUGACCUUGGCCCGCCAGGUGGUGCAGUCCCAAGCCUGGGGGCAGCAGCUCCGUGUCGGGUGGAAGAAGGACGGUGUCUUCUUGUGUGACUCACAUGUCACCAAAGGCAGGUUCAGCCUGGGGGUCUGCGGGCCCCGGUGGCAGCUUUCCUGGGAGUCGCGUGGCAACCUCAACCUUAACGUGACGCCUGCGUCCAGCUCCCUACAGCUGGCUUCCCCACCCCGGAACAGCUUCGGGAACAGCUUCUCGGCCACCCGGAGGGACCAACUCCAGUGUGAGAACACGCAAAAUGAAGAGGUCGGGGGCACUGGGCCUCAUCGAUGGGUUAGGACUCCUGGUCGCGCCGCCGGUGGCAGGGGCCGUGGCCGUGGCCGCGGGCGCGGGGACUCAGGCGUGGCCAGUGGAGGGGAAGGUGCUGGACAUCCCCACGGAGGUCCAGACGGGUCUAUUCGAUCUCUUUCCCGCAGACCCCCAGACCCCCAGCCACGUUUGGCCCAGAAGCCUUGCCCCAGCCCCAGCCCGGGUCCCCCCAUCUCUACAGUCGGUGUCUCCCCUGACCCACGCCCCUCUGGGCAGCAGAAGCCAAGAGGGCUCCUUGAAGAGGGAUCGGAACCCAGAAAAGACACCCCACCCCCGCCAGUGGCCACGUGA